UGCUUCAAAUUAUUAUGGAAUUGGUUGCAUGUCAGACUGUACAUGUGUCAGCAGUGGAAAUGCAGUCUGUAACAAGGCUAAUGGAUCAUGUACAUGUAACAAGCAAUUUUCUGAAGCUACAUGUGAUAAAGCAAUGAUUGCCAUCUCUACAUUUGAACCAUUGGGAGCUGCUCCUAUCCGGGAUGAUUCUUCAGUCAAUGAUGUCAAUAUGCGAUGUCAUGUCAAUAUUGCUGAGACUGACCUACGGUCAGUUGAUAUCAUUUUCCCAGAUAAUUCACAGAAUGCAAUGACAAAGGUGCAAGAAGGUGUAUGGGAAUACACCUUACAAGAUGUUCAUCCUAUCAACUCAGGUGUCUACACCUGCCAUGCUACAGCUAAUCCAAUACCCAGUGAUGGAGUGUUUGACAUCAGAAGGACCUUCAACUUAACUGUGACUGACGUUAAUGAAUGUGAUGAAGACUUGGAUAAUUGUCAUGUUAAUGCCACCUGUACAAAUGGCAUUGGUGGAUUCACCUGUAUGUGUGUCAAUGGUUUCACUGGUAAUGGCGUUCAAUGUGCAGAUAUCAAUGAAUGUGAUCCAUCCUGUAGUAUUAAUUGUGACACCUGUCAUACCGAUGCUACCUGCACCAAUACAAUUGGUAGUUACACCUGUGCAUGUAAUGCUGGCUACUCUGGAAAUGGAGUCACUUGUCAAGAGUGCGUUGAAGGAAAGUAUGGAUUUAACUGUGCUGAGAACUGCACCUGCGUAGAUCCAAUGCCUGGGCCGAAUGACGUCAUGUGCAGAAAAUCUGAUGGCUUUUGUGAAUGUAAUAAGGCUGAAUUUAUUGGCAAAACUUGUGAAAAAAGAAAUCUUACAGUGACCCUGAUGCCAGAUCCUAAUCCUGUCUUAAACAGGCCGGGAAUAGAUAAUAUCACAUGGAGAUGCAUGGUCAAUCUGCAUUCCAGAGAUCUUGUCUUACCAGUGACAAUCACCUAUCCCAAUGGUAGCAUUUGGCCAAUGAACAUGAGUGAAGAGGGAUUGUAUGAAAGGAUACAGAGUGGUGUGACACCAAAUGACAAUGGCAGAUACACCUGUACAGCCGCUGCAGUAGGAAUGGACCCCGUUACUGGGCACUUUGAUUUGGAUGUACUCAUUGAUGGCAGAAUCAUAUCUGUGUCGGAUCCUGUUGAGGGAGAAGUCGGUGAUACCGUCCGGAUCAACUGCACAGUGUAUGCAAGAUCAGAUGUUGACAUCGCAUGGUACUUUGGAAAUAAUCAAAUUAUCGAUGAUGCCAAGUACGCCAUUACAAAGAUGUCCCUUGGAGACUUUGAGCAGAUAAGCUACCUGACUGUCCACAACCUGAUCGCUACUGACAACGGCAGUUACGUCUGUAGUGCGACUGAUGACACAAGGGGGGCAUUGAUCGUCCUUAUUGAGAGGCCUGUGAUUGGCAAUGUUGAGAUUUCUGCAGUGAGUUUUGAUCAGCUAAGAGUAUCCUGGGACAUCACUUUCGAUGGUAACCUACCACCUCCAAUCUGCCACGUGAAUUACAGUUCUACUUCAACUGGUCUAUUUCUGUCAUCACCGGGCAGUCCAGUCACUGAUGUGAGUCACAUCGUGACAGACCUACAACCCUACACGGAGUAUUAUGUGCGAGUCCAAUGUACAAACAAGGUUGGAUCAAGCAACAUCCUGCUAGGUGGACUUCAACGGACUUUGAAGACAAACCCAUCCGAGCCUCGGAACCUCGCUGCAGGUGACAUCCAACCAGACAGAUUUAAUGUGAUGUGGAAUGAACCAGCCAUGACAAAUGGACCAAUUGAUGGCUAUAAAGUCAAUGUAACAAGACAAUCUGAUGGUGCCAUCAUUAAAAUGGAUCAAGUACUAGGACGAUCAUUCCCAGUCGAAGGUCUGACAGCAUACACCGAGUACACUGUGGUGGUGAUUGCAUUUAACACGGAAGGCGGGCAAGAUCUUGCAAGCAACCCAACCCAACGAAUUUUCAAAACUUCACAAGAAAGUUUACUACACUGCAUAUCCCCGGCCUGGGACAGGAUUAAGUGCACAGGCCGAUAGCCAAAAUUCCGGUGCAAAGAUUAUCGAUAGCAGUCAAGAAUCAUAUUCAUUUAACAAGACAGACUUGGCCAGUUUUACAGACUUUCGAUUCAAAG